AUUCCGGUUCACGCCGCCUCCCGGCAGCUGAUCGUCCGAACAAGUAAUGGCGGAGAAGGGAGCAGAAGGACCCGCUAAACCCGCACUGACCGCGGCGCAGCUGCAGCUCUCCCGCCGCCGACAGGAGCUCGACUACUGGAAGAAGAACGCGUCGCGUCUCCGCGGCCGGAACCUCCUGACGGGCCUCGCUAUCGGGACCUUCGUUGUCGGCAUGUUUAGCUACACGAUCCUGUCCGUCAAACAGGAGAGGAUCGUGGAGGAGCUGGAUGAUGAAGUCAAGAUCCACAUCCUCAGAGGGCCGAGGACCGGCGCAAACUCCUGACCACGUCCUCCCCCGCGGCCCUCCGGUGGGACAGGCCUGUGAUGAGUCAUGUCUGCUGAGGUUCUUAUGACGAAAGGGAAACUGCACAUCUUCAACCUGACAUGUCGCCAGAAUCCCUCGAGAGAAGCAACGCCACUGAGCCGGUUGGAAAUUGGCAACGCCUCGGUUUAAGACACUCUCCCACCACCUGCCCUAGUCAUAUGAGGACAUUCCAAAUGUCUUCUCUGCUUCUUCUCUGUUUUUAAAUAUAUUCAAAACUAUUGUUGAAUUAUUUUCUGCCUUAAUAUAACCCUACUCAAUAAAAGUGUAGCCCUGAUGAGGAAAAACA